AUGGCUUCCUCUGGGAGUCUCCUUACUGAAGAUCAGCUCCAGUGCUCCAUCUGUCUGGAUGUGUUUACUGAUCCAGUCUCUACUCCAUGUGGACACAACUACUGUAUGAUCUGUCUCAGAGGGGCCUGGGACAGCAGUUCACACUGCCGGUGUCCGGUGUGUAAAACAAAUUUUCCUACAAGACCUGAGUUACGUGUUAAUACGUUCAUCUCUGGACUAGCUGCUCAAUUUAAGAAGCAAAUUCCCCUCAAGCCUAAGAAGGUUCUGUGUGAUUCCUGCACUGAGGAAAAGCUGGAGGCUAUAAAAUCCUGUCUGCACUGUGGAGUUUCUUUCUGCGAUGCUCACUUGAUGAUCCAUAAAACUACACCUAAACUCAUGAAGCACAAACUGAUGGAGCCUGUGGAGAACCUGGAAAAUUACAUCUGCCAGAAACAUGAGAGACCCCUGAAGCUUUUCUGUAGAGACUGUCAGACAUGUGUUUGUCAGUUCUGUACUGAGGGAGACCACAAAACUCACAACACUGUUCCUGUAGAGGAGAUUAAAGAAAAGCGGAAGACAUGCCUAAUGAAAAAACAAGCAGAAGUUCAGCAGAUGAUCCAGGAGCGAAUAGAGAAGAUACAGGAAAUCAAAGACUCUGUAGAACUCAGUAAAAAAGUAGACAUUUUGGAGAUCUUCAGUACUCGGAUGAGCUGCAUUAAGAGAAGCCAGGCUAAACUGCUUAAGGUGGUGGAGGAGAACCAGAAAGCAGCAAAAAGGCAGGCUGAGAAAUUCAUUAAAGAGCUGGAGCAGGAAAUCACUGAUCUAAAAAGGAGAAACACUGAGCUGGAGCAGCUCUCACACACUGAGGAUCACCUCCACCUCCUACAGAUUUACCCGUCACUGUGCAGCCCUCCACACACCCAGGACUGGACUGAUGUCACUAUUAACUCUCAUCCGAGUGUGGAGAUUAUGAGAAGAGCUCUGUCUCAGUUUCAGGAGACUCUAACUGAGUUGAUUGGGAAGAUUGAUGCAACUGAACUAAAACGAAUUUCCCAGUAUACAGCAAAUGUGACUUUGAAUCCUGAUACAGCACAUCCUGAACUCAUCCUGUCUCCUGAUAAGAAACAAGUAAGACACGAACGAUACACAGAACAGAAUCUACCUGAUAAUCCCAAGAGGUUUGACUCUUCUUUCUAUGUGCUGGGAAAUGAGGGAGUAUUCUCAGGAAAAUGUUACUAUGAGGUACAGGUUGAAGAAAAAACUGAUUGGAUUUUAGGAGUGGUCAGAGAGUCCAGCAACAGAAAGGGGCUGAUUAAACCUUGCCCUGAAAAUGGAUACUGGUGUGUGUGGAAAAGAAGCGAUGAUAAAUAUUCAGCUUGGGACUCUACCCGUGUCUUUCUCUCCAUGAAAUCGGCUCCUAAGAAGGUGGGGGUAUUUGUGGAUUUUGAGGAGGGUCUGAUCUCAUUCUAUGAUGUCAUUUCCAAGUCUCAUAUCUACUCUUUUACUGGUCAGAGUUUCAAUGAGAAUCUUUAUCCAAUAUUCAGUCCCUGCAAUGAUACCAGAGGGCACAAUGCAAUGCCUUUGGUCUUAUGUGCUGGUCCUCAGAUAAAAAAAACAAUAAUUUAUUUCACUUCUGCUAUGAAACAUUAAUGGUUAACAUUUUAAAAUAAUAAUUGAAAUAAUACUAAGUACAUUAAUCCAACUAUGAAAUAGGAACCUAAGAGUCCCAUGUUUCGAAAACUUGUUUUUACAGUAGCAACUGUACGUUGAGAUUUUACACUACAGUGUGCAUGCAGUCUGUCUAUACAGUGUCCUCUCACUAGAUGUCAGGCUUCAGUUAAUUGAAGUUAAUACUUAUACUUGGUUGUGAUUACAGUUGUAAAUCUAUCUAAGAGCCUUUGUAGUUAAACAAAUUGUAAAAUUAUAUAUU